AAUAAGUGUAAAUUUCGAGCAAAAGUGGUAGUUUAAUUUAUUAUCUAAUAUUUGUGUGUGUAACGUUAGUUGUCAGUGAUUAUUAUUCUAUUGUCGGAGAACAUAUAGUAACAUGAUCCGUAGGCCUGUGGUAGGUCCCAGGAGCAAGGAGUGGAAAUGUUGCUUCUGUCUCCACGUUCGGACUGCAACAAUAUGUCUUGGCAUUUGGCAUUUGAUGCUGCACUUGGUUGCACUAUGUGUUCUUGUGAUAAUUUUGCAUUCUCCGAACCUGAUAAACCAAUUGGAGCACCCAGAUCAAUCAAUGAUGGGCGUUGGUGUUGGUUCUAUUUCUCGUUAUAACGGCGACAAUAGCUUGUUAAACAAGGUUGAUGAUAAUGGAACACCUUUGGGAGAAAUGGAGCAUCCUCCAUAUGCUUAUAGAGACCACUCACUUACAUAUCGUAAGUACCUAGAAUAA